AUGAAACCAUUCAAGUGUUUUGUAGCUAAUUGUCCAAACGAUCCAGAGCAUAUCUGCAAAUGUACCCCAGAACAUACUAUCUUUUGCAGCAGUCAUGCAAGAAAUCAUAUGACUAAGAAGUUUGAGAAGCCUCAUGAGUGAAUUGAUCUUUAUUUCCAGCCAAAUCCAGAAUCAAGGCUGCUAGUAAUUGAGAAAGUAAACGAAUUAAAGAAGGAAAUUCGUUCACGCCUUGAUUCGUUGGCUUCACAGUAUAUAGAACUCUUAACAACAAUUGAAUCAUCUUUAAGUAUUGCUAUCGAAAAAUAUCAUAAAUUAGAUGCCGAAUGUAAUGAUAUCAUUUUCUUUGCAACCCAAGAUAGAGUUUUAAACAUGCCUACAGAAUAUAAGAUUGAAGAACCGCUUCAACUUGAUCCUGAAGAGUGUAAAAAGAUAAUAAAAUGCUGAAAAUUUCCUGAAAUCGAAUCAGAUUUAGAUAAGCUUAAAGCAUAUAUAGAAAAUCUUUAUGAAAUUUUAGAAGUAAAUCCAUUCCAAAGAGGUGAUAAAUCUACAGUCAAUUCUGAAGAAAUCCAUUUUAUAAGAAAUAAUUCCACAGAUUUAAAUAUUAUGAAUUUAUCAUUGAUGCAAACAUCAAAAAAAAUUCUGAAUUUCUCGAAAAAAGAUAGUCAAUCCGUGCAAUACAAUAGAUUUGGGGCUAAUUAUUCAUUUAACAGCUCUGGACUAGGAAGUGCUUUAAUGCAUCAUGAUUUUUUAAUAUUCUUUAAUGGAACUAUCAGUUUCUAUAAUAAUUGGGGCGAUAAUAAUGAAGAAGAAGCUUGAACUUUCAUGAUAGACAAAGAUAAAAAUAUGAUAAUGCUGGAAUCUGGCACAAAAUCAACUAGCCCUGCAUUGACAUAUUACAAAAAUUAUGUAUAUGUCUUAGGAGGGGUACAAAAUGGUGUAUCUGAAAAAUAUGAUGUAAAAAGGAAGACAUGAGAAAAUUUGGCUCCUCUUCCUCAAGGCUGCUUUUGUUCUCCUCAUUCUGCAUUAUUUGAAGAUAAAAUAUUGAUAACUGCUAUUUGCCUCACCCAGAUUAUGAUUUACGAUAUUAUACGAAAUUCUUAUACACAAAUCCAAAAUUUGAAGUUGAACAAUUCUUUAAACAAAUCAAUAUUGUCAUACAAUGAGAGAGUUUAUGUUCUUGAAUUCGGUAGAAAUAUUUAUCAAAGUGAAAUAUGGCAAUUUGCAAUGAAAAGUCCAUUAAUAAAAUUAAAUUAACCAAAAUUGGAAAAUAAUUAAAGGCUGUAUAGGAGAUAUUUCCAAAUGGGAGCUUAUUGGAAAUAAUCAGCUCUCAAAUUGCAUUGUUCAGUCUUAUAGUGUAGCAUUUAAAGGAGGCAUUUAUUUUAUACUAAAUAUACAAAAUAAAUUCUUGAUAUAAAAAUUUUAGCAAAUGUUUAAAUUUAGCAAGUUUGGAAGCUCAUUUACAUAAUCUAGAAUGUAAAUCGAAAUAAUCAACUAAUAGAGUUCAAUCUGAAAACAAAGAUGGCAACAUAUAUUACUUUCACUCAGAAUAAUUAA